AUGAUGUCUUCAAACUCCAGAAUUAAUGGCAUUUGGUUUCUGAAUUAUUUGAUAUUUUUAUAUAAUGUUCUAGUUGCCAGUAACAUUGUUGAUCCAAACCCUGUAAACGCUAGAGAAGCGAUGUAUCACAAAGCGAGCAACAUCAUCGUGGACAUCAUUGAUGUCAGAUACAACAUCAGCAAUGGACCAGCCAGAAGCAAACUGGAGUCAGAUGUUUGUUCUCCUGUCAAAUGUUCGAUGUUGUGCCUCUCCAAGGAAUCGUUUGCUUGCAAGGGCUUCGAAUAUGAUGGCAGUCUGAAGAAGUGCAAGUUGGUGACCGUGCCUGGAGUCAAUAAUGAAACGAGUGCUGCUCAAGUGCGUUAUCGCAAGAUGGAAGUUUGUCCGACGAACACGACCUACUUCCCAUCAAUAAGAUCAUGCCUUAUCCUGGUAACCGAGAAAAUGGCUUGGGCAGAUGCAAGGUCCAAAUGUAACAACAUGCCCUUGAACUUUCACCCUUUGAUUAUUGACAGUUCAAAUGUUACUUCAGCUCUGGGAAAAUUUUUGAAUUUGAUUUCCACUCCGCUGCAAUUUAGAAUUUUAUCUCAAACUAACGUUACAGAUAAAUGCAAAGAUAAAUGGGGCUGGACCAUUUGGACAGCAGGGACAUGGAUUAGGAUCUUUAGAUUUCCAUUUUUAUGGCGGUGCGUCUUUACGAAUGGUCUAUCAAAAUUGGGCAAUUGGUAA